GUCAUCUCUUACAUAAAACUUAUGUAAAUUCCUUAAUUUUAAGAGUUAUAUUGUAGUAUAGUAAUAAUUUCAUUUAUUGUGGUUAUUAUGAACUUAGUUAUAUUUUUUUAAGUGAGUUUAUGCAAGGGGUAUAAAAGACAUCUUACAAUUAUAUAGUGGAGAUCAAGUGUGUUGCAAUGGUGGAGGGUUUUGGACACGUUUUUUAUUUAUACUUUUCAAUUGAAUAGUGAAUCUAAAUCUAGCUCCAUGAAGAAAAAUGUUGAAUAUGACUUCAUAGCUAUGGAGUGCGAAGGACUGAGGUUUUUGGAAUUGCAUGAUGCUAAAAAAUUAUUUCAAAAUAGUGGUAAAACAAAAUGAUCUCUUUCUUCUCAUCUCCCACAAAUUGAGGUCAUGGAGUUAAAAUCACAUGAAUUUGAUGAGUAAAAAUUAGAAAUAUUAUAAGUAAAUUCACAGUUUGAAAGAUAAUCAAUGAUGAAAAAGAACAAAUCUAUAACAAUGAAAAUAACUUGGGUGAGGUAAAUUUAUUUCCCGUAAUGAUGUUUCAUAUUUGUACAAGUUUUGCUUUCAAAUUUGCUUAUCGCUGAAAUGAGGGGAAAGAUAAAGUCCUUUUUGAUGGUGGGAGUAGUGGAGUAGGUGGUACAAAUAACAAUGUUGUUGAGAAGAAGGAAGAGACAUUAGAUGCAAAGCAGUCAAAAUCGGGAUUUAGAUCCUAAAAUCGUAUGAUUUUAAGAUUUUACUUAGAGAUUCCGAUCCAGAUUUUACUAUAAAAUCGGUGCACCUUAAAAUCGUUUAAAAUCGGGAUUAAAAUAGUAAAAUCGUACCAAAAUCGGGAUUUAAAUCGUAUGAGAACAAAAUGGGAGGUUUGAGAAAAUUAAAAAAAUGAACUGUUUUGGUGGAAAGGGCAAUGAGGGCAUCUUCUCAGAUAUUUUUUUCUAUUAAAAAAUAUUUGAAAAGAAAAAAAAAAUUCAAAUUAGGGCUCGGUCAAUCCUUUUCCCUUCGUCCGGUUGAACUCAUCGGUAAAAAUAAUUGCCCUAAUAUUGUACGUAUGUAAGAAUUAACAUAAUUAUUAACAAUUAAUGAUUAUAUUUUAAUCAACUACUAGCAUUAAUUAUUCUAUUGGAGUUCUUUUAUUCUUAGUUUUAAAUUACGAUGUUGAAAUUAACCGGGCUGAAGUACUACUUUGAGUUAAACUACCUAGACACAAUAUGAAAAACAAGAGCUAAGCCCCAUGAGCUCUAUCCUUUCCUCGUGAAUUAUUUUGAGUUAUGCAUUAAAUAACAAUUAAAAUGAUGAUUUUGGAACAUAAACUUGAGAAUAUCAUUUUAAAUGUUAUGUGAUUUUCUGUUAUUAAAUGAUUUACCUUAUUAGUAUUGUUAUAUGUAGUUUCCAUAUGGAACUUAAAAUUCUACGAUUUUACGAUUCGAUUUUAGGAUUCCGAUUUUACCUCAGUUUUCGAUUUUAGGUAAAAUCCCGAUUUGACUGCUUUGAUUAGAUGGACAUACUAGAGACGAUAAUUAAGAUAGUUAUGUUGUUAAUGGUUAGACAAUAACGUUGUUGAUACUAAGCCACCAACAAAGAAGUCAAAAGAAAAUUUGUUCUAAUGUGCGACUAUGCAUAGUGAAAUGAAGUGUGGUUUGGUAUUAGGGACUUUAGAAGUUUGUUCCGUACUUGAUCUUAGUUUCGAAUUUCAAUUGGGAUUUUCAUAGAUGCCUCGAUUUGGUUGUAGGAAAACCCUAUGAUGUAUGUCCACAUUUUUAUUUAUCAAGUAAUUGAAUAAUCAAGAUUAUUUUAUGUAUUAAAAAAGAAAAUAUUUUACUUUGUAUAAUUUAUAUUUUUAUUUAUAUAAUUGAUCUAAACAUGUAAAGAAUGUAACUUAGAGAGAAAAAUGAUAUCAAAGAGAAAAAGAAAAACUUUAAUAAUUAUCAUUAUCACAUUCCAUAGGGCCAGCGGGCCUACGGAAAUUAAAGGGAGUCUAAAAUAAACUUCAUUACAAUUGGUAAUGACAACUAGUAAAAUAAACUGUGCCUAGAUAAUUUUGUAGGAGUUGGCUCCUUUGCAUGUAAAUUGGAUGGGUGUAUAUUUUGCUUUUUGUAAGAAAUGUCAUUGAUGAAUCAUUUAGAAAUUUCAUUGUAUAUUUUGCUUUUUGUAAAUUGGAUGGUGUCCCCCUUGUCCCCCAAAGGGCAGUCUCUCAACUUUUGAACUACCCUACAAUGACAACAUAUUAUGGUGCAUUGCAUAUGUUACCCGCACCUUGAUUUCACAAGAGAACAGAUAUAUGUAUACUAUUAUUAUAAAGAUUGGAUUUUUGCUGGAUUGAGUGCAAGAAUGGAUUUGGGAUGAACUGUUGACCUGCAAUAAAUAAGCAAACCUCAAAUGUAUUUCUCACAUCUCAAGGAAAUUCCCUUUCUUACGUUCCCAACAUGUUCCCCAUGAAUCAUGAUGAAGAGAAAGAGACCACAUAGACCAUUUUGUUUGCUGAAUCUCAAUCACCCAUUUUGGGAAAUUAAGGACAAGUGUCCCUCUUGUCACCCUAUUAUCUAUAUGACCCUUAUGAAGUUAUGAUAUAUGCCCUUUUUCUAUCCCUUUCCCUAGCACCCAAGAGUUUGUAUUGGGACACUCAAUUAUCAGAAUGCCUAGUGCUAUUGGAUACUCUAGAGUUAAGAAUAUUUCUGCCCGAUGAAUGUAAUAUCUUUCUCAAUCAUACUGGAUCAUUGUGAUGAACUGACUCAUGACUGUAUAUCAGCAGCGGAUCCAGAACAGAUUAGAGCACUGGACCGUAUUUAAAAAGCGAUGGAGAGAGCUAGGUCGUAACCCUAUAAACAUUAAAAUAUAUACAAAAAAUCGGAAAUUUACAAGUACUAUACAAGUUUUGGAUCCGGGGAGGGCUGGACCGUGGCCUGGGGGCGGCCCCCUAGAUCCGCCGCUGCUGGAUAUUAGGUCACUUGACAAAAUUCUCAUGCAAGAAUACUAAAUGUUUAAGUUAAUAUGACGUUUGUCGAAGUUUUAAAUUCAUGAGUUAGAACCAUUCGAAUUAUUGAGAUGAACUAAUGCAAGACAUGGUGUUAGAGUAUUUGGGCGAGAAAUCUCGUAUUCUAAAUUGCACAUUUCAUUAUUAAUAUUUAACCUAACCGCAACAUGAAAUGAAUUUCUGAAAGUUUCAAUUAAUUUUUCGUUUGAUUGUAUAUGAAUCGAAUAUAAUGUGAACUUGCAAAUCUCUUCGUUUGGAUGACUCAAUUGCAAAACGAGACAAUUUGGCCAAUUGUAUCAUUUUAAAAAACUCGUAAAACGAGUCAAUUCGAAUUAUCUCAUAUCAAAUAGUUUUAUCCAAAUUUUAUACUUUCAAAUUGAUCAUUCUAACGCGCAAUUAUCUCAAAACAAAACAAUUAUAUUAGAUUGGUCUAUUAAAAUUUCUCAUCCAAAACAUUAUUGGUUUGGGUCACCGAUUUGAUUUUGCAAAGGGUUCUACUACUAUUGGUUUUGGAGAGCUCCUCACAUGGGAAAUCACAGCAAUGCUCUCAGCAUCUGCCACGACGUCUUUAUAACAUGCAAGCCAUCUUUGUUGUCUCCAUCUCUGCAACCAAUUCCAUAAGGGUACCUGUCCCUCCAAAUUAUGGGCCACAUAUCUACUGCUCGAGUCCUAUAUAUUCCCCAAGUCACCAACUCAAAGACAACUAACCCACCACAACAUCAAAGAUCGAAUCCAGAUAGAUUCAGUAUAACAAAUAAGUCCCUUACUUGCAAGAGAUACAUCAAUUCAACUAUGCCUUUCUCCAAGGAAAACUGGUCUCCACAGGAUGCCAUGAAAGCUUACUUGCAUGCCCUUCAGUUGAGGAAGCAAUUUGCUUCAUCAAUCAUAGAACCCAAGUCAAUGGAGCUGGUGGCAGCAUUGGCAGCAUGCAGGAGAUCCAAUCUCAUGGUGGAGAUCACUUCCUCACCACCAAAUGGCAUCACCCCACUAACAAUGGCACUUGCUGUUGCAGCAAAGCAAACAGGAGGGAAAGUAGUUCUCUGCACCACUACUCUCAACAACAUUCCUUCUUCUUCAUCAUCAUCAGCAACUCAUGAAAGUCAGAUCAAGUCCCACUUGUUGUCAAUCAGUUUCAUAUCAGUUUCGAGGAUAUUGGCUUUUAAGGACGAUGAUCGGUUUCAUAUCAGUUUUGUGGCACACAAUUCGCUGUAAAAGGGACUGAGAAGCACAAUCCUCUGAAUGGGAGGGUCUAUCCUUAGGUUAACUGAGAAACGAUCUCCAUUGGGGUUUGAUAGAUGAAAUAUUUGGACCUGUGAAUAACCCAUUCUAUAUAGUGAGAUUCAAUUCUGAGAGAGGAGGCGCUUUGGUCUCCUUCGUUCCUGAGUUUGCUGACUUUGUCCUGAGUGACCAAAGCCGGUACAAGAAAAAGGAUAUGAUGGUCGGUUUGGAGGCAGGGGAGGUAGAUAGUCUCACCUGACUGACUAUGUUCAUUGCUGCAAGUAGCUGGAAGUUAUCAAUGACUCGAGUUUUGGGUGUAAACAAAUUCUGUAUGUAGCUUGAAGAAGUUUUUUAUUUUGUAGAUGGUUUCCCUCUCUCUUCAGCUCCUGUUUAUUGACGAGAAGGGCAUUCAUUCAAUCAUGAUGCUAAGCUGUCUGUCUGUUUGAAGCAGCUCUGCAGUCGAGUUUCGUGUUUCGUUUUGCAGGAACGGAUGGUAAUGCGCUCUGAUUAGCCAGCCAAGAUCGUCCAAAUUCAGGUUGCAACUGAACAUGAGAUGGUAAAAAGAGGUGCGUGCCACUAUGUGACACAUUUUCUACGAGGUACAUACAUUCGCUUGCACGAACUUGAACUGCAGUCAAGUGUUUGAGAGCUUUACUGCUGCACCGCACCUAGCUGCUAAGCGAGGAUUGCAUCUGCAUUUCGUGAAGUGUGGCAUGGAGCUUUGUUUUUAUUUCUUUACUUGCAGAAGGCGGGAACAAGAUGACAACAGCAAGGGAGGAUCUUACAAGAAGAUUAAACAACCUCUUCGUCCUGAACCUCUUCCUCUGUGUCCAGUUGCUUAUUUGCCUUCUGUAUUUUCAACAAUAAGGAAAUGUACACAACAUUAAUGAGAGAUUUAAGCUUCUUUGAUGGUGUGAAAUGAUUAGUAAUAUCUUCUUUGAUGGUGUUUCAAGUGUUAAAAAUAACGGUGAUUAAUGAUUAGUAAUAUCUUCUUUGAUGGUGUGAAAUGAUAUGUAAUCCUAUUGUAACACUCUUAACUUUGUAUGAGAGAUUUAAGCUUGAAUCUCUAAAAAGAUUACGCUCUUCAAAAUAAUAAUCCUGCAAUCAGGGU